UGCCCAUGUAUAGCAUUACAUUCUUUAUAUAGGCAAUGAGUCUAUAAAGUAACAAGACAGAUAUCAGAGCUAUAAUUAUACUGAUAUAGAUGUCCAUUAAGAGCUUCAGCCAAUUACAGUACUAGUGAUCCAUGCAGGCAGGCUACAAGAUGACAGCUCUUAUUGCAGUUCUAUAUGCUCUAGCUCUAAGCCACCUACUGACUGUAUCAAAAGCACAAGAUGGCAGUCCACUGGUCCCAGUCUCCCCGUCCUACACAGCCUACAAGAGCUCCCUCCUGGAGAACACAGUCACAGACAGCUGUACCCCAUACCCCAGUGACACUCCAGUGCCUCAGGGCGUGACUCCAACUGAGUUUGUCCAGUGCAGUCAACCAACGACCAUCACAGACAAUAAUGUCGGACCUCCAUUCUACGUUGUUGCCGAGAGCCCGGGGCAAAUACUGUUUGUGUUUCCAAGAGCUGUUAAUUUAUCGAGUAUCACAAUCUCCUACCAAUUCAAUACUACAUACGCACUAGCUAAGCUGAGGCUGUAUGCAGUGCCAGAUGAUUUUGAUGCCUGGGAUUCAAUCGACUCUUUCUCCGGGCAAUCAGAACCAAUCGAUAAGAUCACUUUUACUACCGGACAAGAGGAGGGACUAAGAGAUGUGUCCAUUACUGAUUUACAGUGGGUUACCUCGAGAGUGUUGUUAAGAAAGCUUGAAGACACAAAAGACUAUCUGUUUGCUAUGAGUGAAGUGAGGUUUCAAGAAUUCAUCCCAUCAGAGACUGUAACUACAGCAACAACAGUCGGCACACCAACAGUUGCUAUGACUACCUUGACAUCGACCAAUGGUACGGCUCCAAGUAACGCUACCGAUGCUAACACAGAUCCAAGUCCCGACACACCAGACACAACCACCAUCCCUGGUGGCUCAGGACAGCUGGCUACUACCGGGAGUCUCUUACUCACCAUUCUAAUGGGCCUCAUCACAUUACACGGACUACUACGAUAACUAGUGUUCAAGCUGGCGCUGUGCUAAUGCCUCUCGCCAUGUUUUUGCUUUCGCUUAAAAGUAUUAGAGUGUUAUAAUAAUUAUUAGUUUCUAUAAUGAAUUUUAUAUUAAAGUUA